CCAAUGGGGUUUUCCAGCUUUGCUUCUCCCUCUGCUUCUUCUGCUCGAAAAACCCUGAACCCAAAUAUUCAAACCAAAACUCAUUUUCCACAUUGCAAAUGGCUCUGGCGAUUUCCCAUGCUUUUCUCUGCCCCAAAUUGCAAUUUUCCCAGAGGAAUUUCCGCUCCAAUGUCCCAGAGUUGAGGCUGCCACCCUCUUUUGUCAGAAAUAGCAACAGGGUGUUAAAAUUAUCAUGUUUCUAGAACAAUUCCACAGAAUAGAAGGGUAAUUUGUGCUGCUGCGUCUGCGGCUGGAAGUUCUAAUCCGGAUAGUGAUUUGAAUCCAUAUGAGGUUCUUGGUGUGAGCCCAUUGAGGGAUUUGACAUGAUCAAGGCAGCAUAUACCAAAAAACAUAAGGAGGCCGUAAGGAGUGGUGAUGAUGCAACUGCUGCUAGACUGGAGAAAGCAUAUGACAAAGUUAUGAUGGCACAGCUAACUAAUAGGAAGAAAGGUGUAACCUUUGGUUCCUUCAAGGUUUCAAAAGACAUCAAAUAUGCUGAUAAGCAACCAAUUGUACCAUGGGGGCCUAGGUUCACCAAGUCUUCUGUACAAGAUAUGCGCAUCAACCUGGCAAUAUCUGCUGUAUUUGUAGCUUGGCUUCUUAUCAAGCGGAAUGCUGAAUAUAAACCCCUGCAAUUUUUAACUUUUGCAUUUGUUUAUCGGAUUUUCGAGAAGUUGAAAUCCUUUGAACCGCCUGUAUCUCCAACAUAUACAGAAGAUGGUGAGGAUGCAGGGAGGGGAUUGCGAAUGGGAAAACGGCUGCUCCGUUCACUUGCACUAGUGUUUGGCUGUAUCGCAAUUGCUUCUGUGGGAUACACUACUGCACUGAAUUUGAUCGAGUAUAUGGGUAGCUACAUUCCUGCUGCUCUUUACAAUAACCAGGAAUUGAUAAUCACUUCAGCAACUGCGUUCAUGCUCUACAUUAUGGCAUCAUAUUAUAGGUGAUGAAAUAUGUUUGUGAAUCUGGGCAAGAUCGACAUGGCAGCAAGCUAUCUCAUGAGGUGCUCUUCUCUUUUGUACCUUGGAAUUUUGACAGGAAAGCAACUCGAAGUUCAAUUUUAUCUCGUGUAGAUACUUUCUAAUUGGUAUUGGUUGGUUUUGAGUUGUUUUAGUGACUGAUGUAGCAGUAAUACAAAACAAUUACUACUCCUCAGCCUUGACUUCUUCGUUGCGGCUUUACGUUACCUCUCAAGUAUGAAAUGUUUGAAGAUUACUAGAAAUUACAUUAUGUAAUGUAGAAAGCCUCUUUAUUUGUUGUGUUCA